CUGUCCUUAGUCACCCCUCCCAUGUUCACCCAGCCAACCCGGUAAUCCUCUCCCACACGAGAGAGACGCCCGGACAACUCAGCCACGCCACCGCACACUCAUAGAUAACACAUCAUGGCCCAGGUCAUUCCCCCUAUCACUUCUCUCCCUUCCGAUUCCGGCGCUGCGCCCUCAGUAGAGGACAUCCAGGACCGUUUGCCGUCUAUUUGUGUCGACUAUCUCUCUCAUGACUGGUCCGAAGAAGAUGUAUGGGCUUCGUGGCGGAAUAUGACUCGUCACAAGCACGAGAUCGCCAAUGGAGUUCGUCUGGAGAAUGCAAGUUGGCGGACAUGGCAAAAGCAGCGAAACAAGCUUAAAACAAUCAGUCCUGAAACUCUCAACUGGCUGAAAGACUCUGAUGUCACAUGGCUGUACGGACCACUCCACACUGCCAAUGUCGAACCAGCCCGUCCACUCCGGAUCGCUUCCACGGAUGACCGCCUAGGGAUCGAUGGACCCGACUCACGGAUUUCCGUCAAAAAGCCGAUUCUCAAGCAUCGCACUCUUUCAGAGAUGCUUACUAUCCCUAUGCCGUCUUCUCCUGUUCUCGAACACGUCUCCACUGAUGGGUCAUCUGAGACCUCUGGAGAUGAUGAUGAUCGCCCAAAUCUUCUGCAAACCAAGUCCGACACCAAUAUCUUCCGUACUCGAGGAGUUAUGCCACGCAGAAGAAGUCCGCCGAGAUAUCACAAUCUGGGGAAGACACCGCCAGAGCUUCCAGUUUUGUCUCCCUCAACUGAGUCCCAAACGACUUCCGGCAAAAGGCAUAUUAGUUUCAAUACUUUCGUAGAGCAAUGUGUGGCGGUCGAUGACCCCAGUCAAAACCAGCAGCAGAACGAUAGCGAUGAUGAUGUGCUUGAGAUGAAGCCUUCAUCUAUGGGCAGUCGAUCAUCACGAACCUCGCGGCCCAGUCUUAGUCGCGCAUCUUCCUCAGGAUCAGAACAUAUUACGAUCGCCAAGAUUGCGCCCACCAUGCUCAAGACUGGGCCGGGUGUGAACCAUACUUUACAGAUGGUUUAUGCUCCUCCGGCCGAGUACCAGUCCCCUGGUUAUGACAACCUCAGUUCCUAUGAUUUCCCUUCGCCACAGGUUGAAGCCGCAAUCAAUCGGUGGCAAACCGAUGAUGAAGGAUAUGGCAGUGUUGGUUAUGAUUAUUUCAAUGGACCAGACUUCUCUGGCAACGUCGACAAGAGCAGCAUACCUAUCCCAGCACAUGUUGGUACUUCUUAUGGAGGCGGACGCCCUUCCCCCAACAAGUAUCGACCUGCAGCUAGCAGCCCUCAACAGUCGUUCGAGCCUUCUUCCGUGUCCUCCAGCAAUUCCUCUUCUUCAGUAAACGUCGCUUCACCUGUACAACCUGGAAGGGGCAUUCUCAAGACUCGACCUCCUGAUCAGGCUUUCUCUCCUGAAUCUUCGUCGCCGCCUUCAGCUUAUUUUAACUAUAACCCUUCAGCGGCGACAGGUAUUGGUAGUAUGCGUGGGUCCUCGGUUGCUUAUGAGUAUCCUGUCGCCUCAGGCUCGCCUGUUACAUCACCUGGUGUAGGGAUUGAAGAACGUGGACGAGGAAGAACGCCUUCCAGAGAACGGCUUCAUGACAGGUCGACCUCUAGAGGUACAUCUAGCGGCUCUACUUCCUCUAAAUCACCUACGGAGAUUGCUGCAUCACAUAGCUCUUCACGGAAAAUCCAGACUCCUCCUCAGCUUGAUAAAGUGCAAGAAGAAACCCGGCAUAUCGAACCUGAAGAGCGUGUUGAUGGAAAUCAUACACCUCAAGCAAGUCAAUCUGCGGUGAUAGGAAAAUCCACUUCAGCUUCUGUUGAUUCUUUCAAGUUAAGCGAAGAAGACAAGGACUACAUUCCGGACCGAUCGUCUACUCCUACGCCACACUCUUCACCACAGAUCGCCUUCCGGCCGUUGAAGGACACAUCGCCUGCGUCCCUUCCCCACACUUCAGCUACACCGCGACCGUCUUCUAGCCGCUCAGACUUCCCUGAGGUAGACCCUCCUACGACCGUCCCUUCUUCUUACAAGUCCAACGCUGGAGCCCGAGCCACAAUAGCUCAUGUAGGGACGAAUGCCCAACCUACUCUGUUCCAACCUACGGAAGACGAUGAUGGUGCGAGCAUUAUGGGGAGAGCGGCGAAUAUUGCAAGCACGGCUAAAGAUUUACUGGGAGCGCUUUGGUACGGGGCGAACGACGGACAAGGAGACGACAGUCAAUACAAUUGGCAAGAUCAGACUCAAGGCGGGCAAAGACACGGUACAGAUGGCACUCAAGGAAAGAGUCCAUUCCAUAAACGUUCAGGUUCAGGGGCGCAAAGUUAAGCUGUACAAUACUUGUUUUAUUUGGGAUUCCAUUUCGGAUUGGAUAUAUAUAUACCUCUGGAGAUCAUAUACCUCUGGAGACAGUUUGGGUUGCGUGAUUUCCCUUUUCAGUUCCUUGAUCGAGUUCUUGUUCUCAUGGCUCUCAAUGUUUCACUCGGAAGCGUUUGUCAGAUCGUUCUUUUUUUUUCUACCUUCUCGAUCCUUUCGUAAUUCUCAUUGCGUUUGUGUUUUCUCUCAAAUGUCUCUUUAACCAUUUUCUAUAUACUACGUAGUCGCCAGCUGUCGUCGUGUAUGGUUGAAUUUGAUUUGGCUUUGAAUCUGGGCUGCGGAUGUAUGCAUGUAACACUUCUGCAUU